AAGAAGCAAGAAACAUUAUUUUAUACAAAAUUUCACAUUCACAGUUCUAUCAAGAGGUAAAGUUCGGUUCUGCUAGAAGCAUUUUGAAAUUGGUAAACCCUGAUCUGGGUUGUGUUUCUGUGUGUAUGUAGGUGAAAUGGUAAGGGGUAUGUGAGCUAUGUAAAUAGCAUGACAUCAUAUUAGCACAUGACAAUGUAACCUAUCUUCAAAGCAAAGCAAAGCAAAGCAAAUUUAUUUAUACAGCACAUUUAAUAAACAAGAUCACUGAUGUGCUGUACAUGAUUAAAAGCUUUUGAAUACAAAGAACUACUAGAAAUAAAAGCAUGGAUGAGGUUAUCCUGUUCCGCAAGACGGACGCAAGCCUUCACUCUGUUCUUCAGAUGUUCGUACUCUAUAGAAUGAUCUCUUUGAAGAACUGUCUCGUCUAUUGUGACAAUCAACAGCACAAUAGGUCUUGGGCAUUGUGAAAAAUCGGCUCCGGUUCAACGACUCCCAGACUGCCGAGCAGCUUUGUUUGACUGGCAAUAUGGCUCCGUAAAAACGGUGACGUCAUGCAAGAUCUCUAUACAGGCUAACCAGGAGGAGGGGGUGUUAAGCAUUGACAAUAUCUGUGAACAAGAUAAAACAAUAAAAGAAACUGUGUUGAAUCAACUUUAUUUUGAAAUGUACGCCGUUUGUGUUCUUUUCUUUUUAUCAGAUUUCAGUAUCUCCAGCUCCACCCAACCACCUGUAUACUGUAGCUGGUAUCCAAAAUAAAGGGUCCAAAAAAUUGUGAUGACAAAACAUCAGACCCUUGAAGGCGUUAGCAUACAUACCCAAUUGACACACAGGUAUUUUUCAAAAGCUAUACCAUAUACAUCCGGAGGUAAAACUUUACAAAAGAGCGUUCAAUAAAAUGUGUGUCCGCAGAAAAACAUUUCCCAUUUGUGAAGCUGUAUUAAGCCGAUUAGAAACCUAAAAAGACUGAGACAAUUGCUGGUCAAGCAUUCAAAUUUAAAUAUUGAAGUGCAAAAUGUCUUCUUAAAGUUGUUUAAAAGCAGCACUUUAAUAACUGUCACUGUACAAAAUAAAAUUGGUUAAUGAGAGGCUGUAACAUCACUCAACAUGAUCUGACACAAGCAUUAAUGGGAAGUAACUACAUGUAACAAGAUUAUGUCAUGUAAUAAUGACAGUUUUGAAACUAUAAUCCAAUUUAUUACUGGGAGAAAAGGUGCAGUUAAAUUAUAAAUGCUUUUGGAAAUUUUUGUCAUUAGCUCAAAAUAGAUGGUGUGGUGUUUUUUCAAAUUGUGUACAAAUAUUAAACAACAAACAUUUUCAUUAUAUACUGUAUUUGACAUGAGCAAGGCUUGACCACUGCCAAGAGGGGCAUGGCCAGGCCACUGCUCUGGGCGGUACCACCUCUGAGACCUGUCACAGCUUUUUCACAUUAGGCACUGUAAUUAGACCAAACAUUUAGUUGGAGUUUUUGUCACUGGCAUUUGCCAGUUCGUUGCUUUGUGUUAGUGCGUAUGCUUCACCGCAUGAUGGGUUACUCCACUACUUUGCCUGAUAGUCAUCAAACCUUGUUUCUCGUUUUUUGGAUCCUGCCUUCUUGGAGUGUGUAAUUGUACAUCUCUUUAAUUGAGAAUAAAACCCACUGAACAUUAUGCUUUUACCUGGGAGUCAUGCAUUUGGUCUGCCCCCGCAAUGUUAGCACGUGACGGAACAAACUGGCCAGAACAGGACCCAGCGGGAAGAUGCGGCGUCGCCGGCCACGUCAUGGGGACGCCCCCUGCCUGAGGACCAAGCAUCUCCUAUUCGGGAGGGCUCUGUUAUGUCGUCCUCUCCUACCUUGUCACCCGCACCGCCCCUGUGUCAUGAUUACUUCCAAACCACGACCCCCUCACCACUGCAUAUUAUUUUGGACUCGGAUUUUUUGAAUUAUGAGGAAGAUCUAAAUUUAUAUGACCUGCUGCCUGAUUCUGACUCGGACAAUAAAUUUGAAUUUUCCCUCCCGGUGAUAAGUCUCAAUGAGUUUGUUUCGUGGUCCCACGCUUCCAGCUCCCAUGUGUCUUCACCCUGUGAGUUCAAGUCCUUUUCCUCUAUUCCCUUUUUGAUAACCCGUUUGACCAUCUAUCCGGGUCCUCCCCGUGGCGGCCAGAGGAGACGCCAAAGCAGCGUUCUGCCUUCUGCCUCCCGCUGCGCGGCGACCAAGACACACCCAUCGUCCAUUCACGUCUCACUGGCGAUCGAGCUUCUGGCGACCUCCCCCGACACUUCGCCAACAACCGAGCUGGCGGACUAUACGCCGGUGAUGUCUGGGCUUGUGGAUAUCCUGAACCAGGUUCAGCGGAAAUUGAACAAUCUCUCCACGGCAAGGCCACAGCUGAUUCCCGGUCAUUCACCGGUGGCGGCCGGUCCGCUGCUGAACUGCACCCAGGCCUUGAAUGAGACCGAGCUGCAGCCGACGCUCGUAUUCGCAUUGGUGGGGACUGACCUGCAGCCGACGCUUGUGUACGUCGCUGUGGCGGCUGACAUGCUGCCGAGCCACGGCCACAAUCGUGGCAACACACUUCCUGGUGAACCAUACUCACGUUGUGGUAGCAACCGACCUGCUACCAAGCCAAGCUCUCGUUGCGGUGGCAACAGACCCGCUGGCACACCACGCCCACAUCGCGGUGGCGACAGACUUCCUGGCGGACAACGCCCACGUUACGGUAGCAACCGACUCACUGCUAAGCCACGCUCACGUCACGGUGGAGACAGACUCUCUGCCGAGCCAAGCUCACAUCGCGGUGGCAACCGAGCUGCCGCCGAGGCACGUCCACAUUUCGUUGGCAACCGAUCUUCGGCCACCUGACGACCACAUCCACACCUCAACGGCAACUGACCCUCAGCUGUCCAAUGACCACGCCUUGUCGGCGACCGACCCUUGGCCGCCAGAUGGCCACGUCCUGGCGGCGACCUGUCCACGGGUGCCUCACGCCCCUGUCCCAGUGGCAGCGACGACUCCUCGGCCGCCUCACGUUCCUGUCCCGGCGGCACCGACGACUCUACAGCCGCCUCACGCCCUUGCCUUGACGGCGGUCGCCUUCCGCUCCUGCCUCGAUGGCGACCGGUCUGCAGCUGCCUUCCGCUCCUGCUUUGAGGGCAGAGAAAUCCCGGGCAUCUGAUGACCACGUUUCCAUGGUGGCUGAUCUUUGGCUGCCUUCCGGUCCCCGGCUGCCUCACGACCAAGCCUUGGCGACAACCUAUCCCCGGCCACCUCACGACCACGUCCUGGGAGAUCUUCAUCCGGAGCCAUAGCCUCCUCCCGUGUGGUUCUUGCUUUGCCUUCGGGUUCCUCCUCGUGGACGUCCACCUGAAUCGCCCCAUGGGGACCCUGGUGCUUGCUAUCCUGACCGACCUCCUGACCUGCUCGGCCAGAUGCCUCGCUGUGUCAAUUCUGGAAUCAAAAAUCGGCAGUCUUGAAGUCUAUAUGGAUGUAAAUGGACAAUCGGGAAAUGAAACCACUCUACAGAUGUCUCAAAAUGGUGAGCAGAGGUAUUCUCACAAACAUCCACCUAGCUCAACAACGAGGACUGAAGUGAACUGUGGAAAGGAUAACGGACAUCCCAGCAGUUCUCCCUGGAAUUUACUGGGAGCAAAACCCACACAUAUGGGACAUUGAAAAAGGAAGACGCAACAGCACCAAGAGAAGAAUCUGGCUGGCCUGCGUUGUGGGCCGCCGCAACACCAAGUGAGCGGCCAUGCAUGGAUGGUUGUUACAGCAAAGAGCAAGAUAAAAUGUGAGUCAGUGCAAAAUAUUGAUGUCAGACUUACAAAUAGAUUUGAGGUACUCUUACAAGACCCAGGCCAUGAAUGCUAAUCAUUCACCAUUACUGAAAGGUAUAAAAUUAAAUCAUCCAAGAAAAAAUUGGGACCCCCAAACAUUAAUAGUUGGUGAUGGAGCCAUCAAGGAUGUGAAUACUUUUGGAGUGAGAAGAACACCAAAGUACUGUCUUUUACUAAUGACACGGUGUUUGAUAUCUCUCAAAAAAUCCUGGAGAUCCCUGGUCAACACCGAACUGUGAAAUCUAUCAUUAUAUACACAGGGGCCCUGGAUGUUAUCAAGCAGCAGAGGUACUGAAGCGAGAUUUCAUUGAUCUAAUAAAAGUCCAAGGGAUGGAUGCUGAGGUUUUUAUAAGCGGACCGCUCCCACUUGUACGAUCUGGAGAUGAACGUUUCUCGAGGCUCUGUGAAUUGAAUACGUGGUAAGGCAAUGUGUGCACUGCACUAUUCGUGAGUUUAAUUGACAACUUCUGCCUUUUUUGGAGCGUAAAAAUGUUUACAAAGCAGAUGGUUUCUGUCUAAAUAGACAAGGGGUUAAGUUAUUAGCU